CUGAGGUGGCUGUCAGAUAGCUUGUUCAUGUUCAGCCGCGGUGUGAUGUUUUCCUUUGAUUAUGACCAUGCAAUCGCAAUUUAAACUAUUGUUUUUCAUUUUUUUUAAAGCGCGGUGAGUGCAUGUUAUUUUUCCAGUCACUUUGUGCGCAUGCGUGUCUCACACCUGUAGUCACAGGUGAUACGAAAAAAACGGGUUUAACAACAUUUGUCUGUUUGAGAUCAGAUAUAAGUUGAGUGCAGCUGCGCAGAAUUUACAAAGCCUGGGGUUCGUGUUGGUUUUACAAGAGAUUUAGUUCUAUUAUGUACUUACCUGUUGGAGAAUGACCAUCAAAAAUUUGUCAGUUGAAUAUGAUGCCAUCAACAGCAAAAACAUCUUCACAAAUGGAGAUACCAUCAAUGGAAGAAUCAUCGUGGAGGUUUCUAAAGAAACUAAAAUCCAGUCGCUAAUUUUCAUUGCACAAGGACAAGCUCGGGUUUGCUGGUCUGAACAUUACGGGCAAUAUCAACAUCACGUUUACUGGUCUGAUGAGAAAUAUUAUGAUGUCAAACAUCAUAUACUGAGAGAAGCAAGAGGAGAUGGCACCGAAGUCAUUGGUAAAGGAAGACAUGUGUUUCCUUUUUCCUUCAAGGUUCCUGACAGAAAAAUGCCAUCAACGUUCAAAUCCUGCACAGGCAAAGUUGUCCAUAAGCUGAAGGCAGAGCUCAAACAAUCAAUGAAGCUGACAAAAAAAGCUAAAAUCCACUUCACAUUUGAGUCCAAAGCAGACAUGGACAUUCCUGGACUUAUGGAACCUCAGUAUGGUUGCAAGGAUAAAACUGUCAAAUUUCUUGGCUCUGGAAUUGUUGCAAUGGAAGUUCGCACUAAGCGGAUGGGAUACGAGCAAGGUGAGGCUUUCCAAGUCACAGCUGAAAUUGGAAAUCAAUCAAGUCGUUCUGUGAAGCCCAAAUUCAUACUGUACGAGAAGAAGAGUUUCUUUGCCCAGGGUCGCAGGAGAAUGUUCACAAAGGAAAUCCUUAAGGAGAAAAUUGAGGCUGUUGCUUCUGGUAGCAGCAAGACUGUGACCAAGGUGAUCACCAUCCCCAGAGAACUACACACCUCCAUCUUGAACUGCUCCAUAAUCAAGCUGGAGUACAGGGUGAAGAUUUAUCUGGAUAUCAAAUGUGCUACAGACCCAGAGAUCAAACUCCCAAUAGUCGUCCUACCUGCCUCGGAGGUCCCUGCUGAGAAAAAACUACCUGCCUCUGCUGCCUUUGGAUUUGAAGCAUUUCAAAACCCAAACCAACCUACCUGGAGCACCGCACCACAACAACAAGCGGCAUCCCAGUCUAUGGAUCUCCCUCCUCCCUAUGGAGCAUACGCAAUGUACCCCUCCUUAACUGAUCCUGACAAAAAUGGAACAACAUUUUAAAUACCUGCCUUCAGUCCACACCCUCCACCACUGGACAUUACAGGCACCAUAUCACAGCUGCAUCCUGGCAGCGAGAACUAGAAGGCUGAGCAUACCUACUUUGGAAGUCAACUGUUGUACAAAUAUUAUGUAUUUAAUGUCCAUGAAAAAAUAACCCAUAACUUUUAUGACGCUAGUUUUAGUCAUCGUAAAUAAUAGCAGGACACACUUUGUAUGGAGCCCUACAUAAAUUAUGAGACAAAUAUUCACAUGAAUAGGCUACAUUGUGUAAAAUAAAUGUGUGAACUGUGAAAUUAUUAAAACUCAAAAAAAAAAAG